AUGGCGAGGAGACUGGGAGGGGGGGCCGCUCCGGCCGACGCCGACGCCGCCCCGGCCCCGGACGGGCGGGACCGCCCGGGACGCGAGGACCGACGACGGGACGGGGGGGAGCGGCCCGCGCCCCGACGGCCCGAAAGGGAGGAGGAGGGGAGGACGGCACGCGCCGACGCCGCGGACGGAGGCGGGGGGCGCCCGGGUCGAAGGGUUCCGGCCCCGCGCGGGCAGCGCUGUGUCUCCACAGACAGCCGCGCGGGGAACGCUCCCCUGACCGGCCGCCGCCCCGGCCGCCGCGCUCGCCCCCGCCCCCCCCGCGGCCGGCCCGGAACGCCGCCGCGGAAGGGCGCCGAACUCGGGACCGGGACGCGAGGGAAGGCCCGGGCGGGCUUCGCGACGGGACGCGGGACGAGCUCCCCGGAGCGGGCCGCGCUGCGGGGCGUCGGGUCUGCACUUCGGGGGACGAAGGCCCCGCCGCCUCUCCGGCCCGCCGGCGGGGGACGGAGCGAGGGAGGGCAACAACGCGGCCGGGCGCUCGGCUCGCUCCGAGGGGCCUCGCCGGCGGGAGGCCCUCCGCGGAGCGCGGGGAGGCGGGCGGGCCGAGGCGGACCCGCGCCGUCCCCGGCCUCGCCGGGCGGCGAGGCCGUCGAGUCUUUGAACCGCCGCCCCGGAGGGCGCCAGGUACCCGGCCCCUGGGCGGAGGGAAACCUGCGGGUGCGUUCUAACCCUCCCUUCGCGGAGGAGCGGCCGCCGCCUCGGCCGGCCGCCUCGCCGCCGCGAGGGAGAGGACGCCGCGGGCGGGAAGGGACCCGCGGCCUCCGCCGUCCCCUCCUCGGGCCGCCGGGGUUUCCCUCCUCGGAGGGGCCGGCGGGCCCGCGGGGGCCUGGACGGAGGCUGGGCCCGGCGCGGCGGUCGACGGCGCGGGGACGGCGGCUCGCGAGACGCCCGCCGCCGCCGCGAGACGCCCGCCCGCCCGCGCCCCGCCCCCCUCCGCGCGGGGCGGAGGGCGGAACGGAGACGCGGGGCGGACGGCCGCCGCCGCGGCGCGGGCGCUCGGAGGCCGCCCCGCCACCGACCGGCCGGCCGGCGCUCGGGCCCGGGUCCCCCCCUUCCGGGCGUCUGGGGCGGGGGAGCCUCGCCCGGGCGACGCCGCCCGGGCCUCCGCGCUCCCCCGCCGUGGGGGGGGGCCCGCGCCGGCCGGCCCCGGCCCUCCCCCGCCGGGGCGGCGGGCGAGGGGACGGGGACCGGCACGGACGCGGCCCCUUCGGCCGGGCCCCCCGGGCGCGCGCCCGGAGGGACCCCGGCGGGUUCGGAGGGCCGACCCUCGCGGCCGAAGGCGAGCGGGCGCUCUCCUCUCCGCGGCCGGGCGUCCCGUUAAUGAUCCUUCCGCAGGUUCACCUACGGAAACCUUGUUACGACUUUUACUUCCUCUAG